AUGGUGCUGGAUGACCCAUUUGUUGCGAAGCUGGAGUAUGACCAGCAAGGAAUUGGGGCCUUAUUUCACCUUUUGGUGCAGCGCUUUCGUCCUUCUUCACAAAGCAAGGAAGUGACCGCGUCGCAAGAGGAGGCGUGUCAGGUAUUGCGAGGCCUUGCUGCAGUUGUGUGGAAGCCAGCCAACGUCGAGCGGAGUCGACGUGUCUGGCUGUCCGACAACAGCAGUGCUUCUGCAUUAUCUCGACUGCGUUUGGUGUCGAUGUUUGCGACACAGUUGCUGCCCCUACUGCGAAGCCAGAUGGAGCGGGAAGAAUCCACUAGUAAGUUUCGUGGCUAUGCGUUGUCCGCGAGUGACGAACCUACAGGCGAGGGGAAAUUAGAACGUUCCACUGCACAUCAAAUGUGGUGCCUCGUGCUUAACUUUGUGAGCGGCUUGCUGCGCCUGCAAGCAGAGGCCACCGUUGUUGAGUCUCGCAAAAUGGACGUUUGGGAGUUCAUGUCGUGCGCUGAACCACUUUUGCUAGCCGCAGUGGAGCCUUCUACUUGUCGGCGUUUUACGUGCGCUACUAUUGCUGAACAUCAAGCACUGCUGCGGCUAUUGAAUGGCCUUAGCAGAAGUGCGUCAACACGGAAGCGCUGGCGCCAAGCUUUUCCGACGAGCGCUGUAGUACUUAUGGAGCAGAGUCGACAGUUGCUUCGUCGUGCAUGCACGCUGCUGGGCAGUUCAUCCACGGAGAAAAAUCGCUCUCCUGUUGAGAAAGAGGUGUGGCAUGCUCGAAGCAAGUCGGUGAACAAAGGAACUAUCAAUGGUGGCGGAAGCCUCGUUUCCAGGUCACCGCGAUCUCCACGGUCUCCUUCAUCUUUCGCGUAUUCGUGUCAGACGCUCUUGCAUGAUCACUUGCGUGCCGUGCGGGAUGUCGAGAAACGAAAGCUUAGCGCUUUUCACCAAGAGAUGGAGACCGAGCUGGUGGAGGUCGUGCGAUUGGCAAGUUUGCUGCUAAGCAAAUGGACCGCUUCGCCGACUGACCGUGACGCUAUUGUUGUUGUUGAUGGGGUACGAUGCGUGGAUGAAGAGCAACUCGUGCCCUUACUUGCAUUCAUUCCACCCAGCGAAGCGCGUUCCAUGAACAGUAGGCCGGGCUUAGGCCAUUUGAGUCUUGCCAUGGACUUCAUUCUUGAUCAGCUGUUGGCAAAAGAGGAUACGCGAUCGGGAUCGCAAAAUAUGGAAAUGAGACUGGCACCGACGAACGCCAUUGACGCGUGCGUACUGCUGUUUCUGAAGACCUAUCGUUUAUAUGCGGAUCAGUACGAGUUAGUGAAGCGCGAUCGCGAUGAGUUUAGCAGUUUCUUUCGACGCUUCGGUGUCCGAAUAUCCGAAGAUGAGACAGGAGCUACUGCUGCUGUGGACAGGCAGUUGCUUCAGCAUAUUGAUCUGGUACUUGCUAGACAAUAG